CGGCUGGUGGACACGCCGCUGGCAGGACAACGACUUUUUUUUCUCAGACGAAGAAAUACAAGGCUACGGUCUUUUUCCAGAUCUUUUAAUAAUCCUGACUGGAUAUUAUAUCGUUUUCGGCGUCUAAUAUGGCGGACAGUAAAGUGGAAAGCAGCGGAGAACUGAGCGCCAAGGAGCUGAAGGAGAAGAAACAGGCGGAGGACACAGAGAAUGGAGAUGCUGCUGCUAAUGGCAAAACUGACGAGGAGAAUGGGGAGCAGGAGAAUGAGGUAGAAGAUGAUGAAGAUGAUGUGGGAGAGGAUGAUGAAGAAGAUGGAGAGGGUGAUGAAGAGGAUGAUGAAGAUGACCUAGAUGGACCAACAGGGAAGAGAGCAGCAGAGGACGAUGAUGAUGAUGAGGAUGAAGUUGAAACCAAGAAACAGAAAACCGAUAAGUAGAGUCCACUCAGUCUGGAGGACACCAUCGAGAGACAGCCAGUUUUCUAGCAAACCUUCAACACCUCAGUCCUCCCUUCUUAACAAGAAUACUUUUAAACAGAGAAUUUGUUUGUAUUUUAUUUACAUUUUAUAUUUUUGUAAAUAUUGUAAGGAGGUCGGCCAUUUUGCAACAGUGAUCUUUCUGUAUCAAGUGGUGCUUUGAAGACUUUUAGAUCCAGACUCGUCCUCGUCAUCGUCAGCCAUCCACGUUCAGUGUGAAUCAACCAGAAGCAUCGCGCUCAUUCCUGACACACAUACACACACCACAGCAUGUCCAACAGACACACACACACACACACGCACACACCCUGGUUUUUGUAUUACAUCAUAGAGUCAAAAGGGACAAGCUGUGUCGACCUGUAGUCACAUGGGGGUGUUACAGUGUUUUCCCAGAGUGCUAAGUGUGUAUUGUGGUAGUUUGUAUGAGAUUCUAAGGCUGUAGUUUCUGCUGUCUGUCUGUCUUUCUGUCUGUCAUGGCCUGGUUUCCAUGUUUUUACAUCUGUGCUGUUUUGUUGAACAAUAAACAGUCAUUUGAUUUUG